ACGCACGUAAGCCAAUUGAGGACCACGAACAAUCUGUUACAAUGUUACUAAGUACAACUAACUGUUGUCGCUUAUGCGCGAGGAUGAAAACACAGCCGUUGAUGCAUUCGCUAGAGUCGUUAAAAAGCACCGAUGAAACGAUACAAUUGCUAGAUUUUUGUCUGCAUCAACAGGCAGAUUCAAAACGAAAUGAUUCAUUGCCAUUCAUGCCAACAGCUGUUUGCGAUACGUGUGUGGAUGUUGUAAAGUUCCUUGCCAAAUUUGUUCACAAUUGCCAAACAGCUCAACAGAAAUUGCAGCAACUCAUAUCAUCCGAGUUGUGCGAUUCAACAGCUUUCGACGUUCAACACGACUCUUCCAAUCACUACAACGAUAAUGUUCCAUCGAUCGAAACUGUUAUCGUUGAUGACAAACUUUUGGAUAUUGCUGUAAUCGAGCAAGACGAUCAUGUUGAAAUGAAGGUUGAGACAGAUUAUUGCCCGGGAAUACUUCCAAAAACCGAUAACGGUAGACAACCUGGUCGGCGGAAAACCCAAAAAAAUGACGAUACAAAAGUAGAAAACACUUAUCGUGAAAAAGAAACUACAAUCAGCACCUCAUUUUUGGAUGCAGAAACACGUUCUUCGGGAGCAUCUAAAUCACGAAGAAACAAUGUUGCUCCACAUUCCACAUCGGAUGUAGAUGAGGCAGCACAAAAACAAAGCAAACGAACGGCCGACCAACCGCCAUCAAGAUGCAAGAAGAUCUGCCAAAUUUGUGGCAAAGUACUCUCAAACAGUGCAACAUUCCGGGUGCAUAUGAAGAUGCACUUGCAGGACAAGAACUUGGUGUGCAAUAUCUGCCAUCGGCGGUUCUAUGUAAAGCAGGAGCUAAAAGUUCACAUGGAAUCGAUACACGAGCAAAAAGUGUUCGCUUGCAGUAUCUGUGAUCUGAAGUGUCGUUGGCGCAAGAGCUUAAAUCGGCACAUGCAACUACACGAAGAAAACCCCUAUAAACACAAGUGCAACCACUGCGAACAGGCUUUCGCGCGUCCCCAUCAACUGCGGAUCCACGUAAUGAAGCACACCGGAGACAGAGUAUACUGUGAAGAGUGUGGCACCGGUUACAGGCACAAUUACAUGCUAACACAACACAAAAUUCGCAAACACGGCCACGUGAUAGAGGGCGUGCAGUUGUACAAAAUAAGUCGAAAAAAGAUAAAGGACACACAAAACGAAGCGAAUGCGUCAUAACUUCAAGCUCGAUGCAUAAGAAGUAAAAAUUGGAACAAGCUCGACAAUGGUUUAUUGAAUAUUGUUAAAUCUUGAACCUUUGUAAGUUACAUUAAUGAAUCAGAAAAAUGUAAAACACCAAAACAGAAAAUGAUUAACCUUCCGUUAAGCGAUAUUGUUAGACCUCGUCUUUUUGCGAUUUCGCCAAAAAUGACUCACAGCACCGUACGCAUUGCACGUAGCACUGUUCGAAUCCUUCCGAUCCUUUGUCGUAGUAAGGAUCACGUAUAAUUGCUCCGGGUUGCUGAGGAUCGAAGUCACCGAGUAACAAAAUUUUAGCUUUGCACUCUCCGCGCGGAGCCCGCUCCUUAAGGUCUGUUAUGUUUUCUCCAUCCAUGCCAAAAAUGUAGUCGUAAUGGUCAAAGUCCGCUUUCGUGAUCUGUCGCGCUUUGUUGCUGUACGGAAGAUCAUGUUUUUUCAUAGUUGCCAGUGCUCGAUGGUCGGGAGAGCGGCCUACAUGCCAGGAUCCGAUGGCUGCACUGUCUACCUCCCACUGGUCAGCAACACCAGCUGCGUUAACGAUCUUAAGAAACACCGCUUCAGCGAUUGGCGAUCGGCAAAUAUUACCUGCAUAAUAAAUGUUCAGAAUGUAGUUGGUGUUGGAUAGGCUUCGCGUUAAAAGUAGCAUUCUCCGUUCCAUACUGCGAACGGCGUAGUUCCACAAACAAAAUCUAGCAUACCGAGACAAAUAAACAGUGCUUUCUUACGGUCGCUCAUCAUGGAAUGGUAAAAACAGCUUCCAAACAGAAAUUGCUUGUGCAAUAACACUAAAUGAGAAGCACAAAAUGUGAAAUUUCAAUAAGCCGGUUUAAGGCACUAACGUCAAAUUUUCCACAGGGUGAUCCUCCACUGUCACUCCACUGUCAAUGCCACUUAUUUUUAUUUUGAGCGCCUGUUCAAACCUUUUCGCACAAUUCAAACAGAUAUUUCGUUAAUCUGCUUUAGUUAAAGGGUCAUCAUGUAAGAAAGGAGGAACUGUAGACAAACAGGUUAAUGUAUCAAAAGUAUAUUUGUGAUAUGAUAGGUGUACAUUAUCGUAACAUCUAA